GUUAGCUGGACUCUAGACAUAAUGGAUACAUCAAACACCAAAUAUAGAAUACGCCAGUGCUCUGAGUGUUCAGAUGGCUUGGAAUAUUUUUGUGAAACGUGUUCUCGUGAUCUGUGUUUAGAAUGCAGCAAGGAGCAUUUUAUGGAAAUGGCAGCAAAAGGAAAUACUAGUAUCCACAAUGUAAUUAAAUACCGCGAAAAAUCAAAAUAUUUAAAAAAACAUGAUCUAUGCUUGAGACAUCCAAACAGUGUUUAUGAUAAUUUUUGUGAAUUUUGUAACAUUCCAAUCUGUUCUGACUGCACUGAACAUAGAACACACAAAAAAACUGAUGUUGGAACCGCGUAUGAAACAAAGCGGCGUCAAAACAAGGCUAUGAUUCAAAAGUUUGCAGAAAAGGAAAUAUUUUGUUAUAUUCUCUUGUAUCAAACUGAGUUAGAUUUCAAAAUGGUAUCUGAAGAUGUAGCAAACAUUAACUCAGAGCUUCAAAUACUAUCCAAAAACCUAACGGGUUAUAUUGACAGCUUGCGUUUGAAUUUUCCUGCUGAAAUUAGAUGCAAGAAACAGAAAAUAAAAAUGAAAAGAUGUAUAGCCAGUACACAAAUAUAUGAACACGUAUACGAACACUCAUCAAUUGUUCCAAUCAAGUUUCUUUUAUCCAUAAAGAAAGCACAUUCUUUCAAGAUGAAUAACAGGACAUUUUUAAAACAUCAUUGCAAGGCAACUCUCAGGGAGUCAAGGAACAUGGAAUAUCUUAUUGAGAUAUUGCCAACGAUAAAUAUUACAAGCCCAGAAAAACGCAUACAAAGCACAUCUGAUAUGGGCUUGACAGAAAAAAUCAAAAGCGUAGAGUUAAUACGGAUGAGGAAUUUGUACAAAUCACCACAGUCAAUAUUGACAUAUGUGAAAUGUGUCAAGAUGUUAUCUUCAAAAUAUCCAACGCUGUUACAGACAGUAGUGGAAUUGGGUUAG